CCACAUUGCCUCUGCUAGCCACAGAGAUAGACGUGUCGUAGAACAAAUUAACAGUUGGCCGUAAGUUUAUACGAGCGAGAUAUGGAACGCUGGCGUGGUCGGGUAGCUGUAGUGACUGGCGCAAGUGCCGGCAUCGGAGCCGCAAUAUGCUUGGGCCUUGCCAACGCAGGUGUUUGUGUGGUCGGUCUCGCAAGGAGAGUGCACCUAGUAGAGGAAUUGUCAUCAAAAGUUGAAGCUGGUAAAGGCAGUAUUCACUCAAGGCAAUGCGACGUUUCGAAGUUAGCGGAUGUGGUGGCAGCUUUCAACUGGAUAGAGGAAACUUUUGGAGGCACCGACAUCCUUGUUAAUAAUGCUGGUGUCAUGAACCCUGGUUUUAUCACUGAUUUGGGUGAUCAACCAUUGAAAGAUGAGCAAUUGAUAGCAACAAUUGACACCAAUGUGACGGGUCUAGUAAUGUGUACGCGGAGGGCUAUCUCGUCCAUGGUGAAACGACAAUUCGAUGGACACGUCAUUAAUAUCAAUAGUAUUGCCGGACACUACAUUCCAUUUUCGCCAUUGUUUAACGUCUACCCAAGCAGUAAGCAUGCAGUGACGGCCUUUACCCAUUCACUUCUGAACGAGCUGGCGGCCUUCAAGAACAAGAUCAAAGUCACGGGCAUCUGUCCCGGACUAGUGGACACGGAUAUGGCAUCGGAAGCGGCUACUAUUUGCCCAACACUCCGGCCCAGUGAUAUUGCAGACACUGUUUUGUAUGCUCUUUCAACGCCACCCACUGUCAAUAUCAACGAAAUAUCCAUUUCGCCAAUUACAGAAAAGAGACUUUAAGUACAUAUAUGGGUAAUAUAUAUAUAAGAAUUUUAAUGUAUAGGUACUAGGAAAGAUAGAUGUUACUCACUUUCCAUGCAAUCUGUAGGCGAAUCUUGUUGUUAUUUGCCACUUAGUGAAGUACGGUCAUUUUUUAUUUAUAUUGAAAAUAACUUUGUUUUAAACAAUUUAAU